AUGAUGAACAGUCCACGCGCAAACAACAGCAACGCCAACAAAAGUAGCAACGAGAUCGAACGUAAGCUUCAGCGGGUGGAGGCUGAUUUUCGUCGCCAGCGUGAAGAAGCUCGGCGUGCGGCAGAACUUGCUGCCGAGCGAUUGCGGCUUGCCCAAGAAGACGCUGCAAGUCGUCGCAAAACAGUGGACGACUUGCAAGUGAAACUGCAACAUGUCCACGUUGACAAAGACUCUCGCACCAAGUUCUAUGAGCUUACUGUCAGCGUCGAAAUGUCGACCAAAGAGGCGCAUUUCCAACAUGCCGAAUUUGUCCAAAAACGCGAAAAGGUUGGUGCUUAUCAGCGUGAUCUCGUCCGUGCGCGGGCCAAGCGGUCCGCCACGCUUCGCUCUCUCCAAGACGUCUUGAGAUGCCAGCGGAGCCGUCAUGCUAGCCAGUUAUGUACUGGUUUUGAUGUGCUUUGUGGCUCUACGUCAAGACAAUACCUAGAGCAAGAACUCAGGGACGAUCGUGAUGGACGUCUCACUCAUAAAUGGCCACGUCUUAUUCACGAGCAAACGAAAAAAAUCAAAAAAUCAAAUUCUGAACUUGAACAGGUGACCAUUCCGCGUCUGCAACGCGCAAUAGAGGCCUACCAACGCCAGUUUGUUGGUCCGUCCGCUGUUGUUGAUACUCAAAUGGAGAACAAUAUCAUGGAAGUCUCCUUGUCACAGAACGAAAUGCCUCCUCCUUUCCCAAAGUCUAGUAUGUAG